AACUUUUAUUAAGUGUUGUUAAAGUUUGUUGCAUAAAAAGGAAAGAUGGCGCUAAAUGCGUUCUAUGUCCUUUACUUUUAAAAGAUUAUAUUUAUGACUUUUCCAUGCCGCUUUGUAGUACACAAUGUUAAUUUUUCGGAAACUCCAGUAUUUAAACAAAGCGAUAAUCACACAGAGAAAACUUUUGGAUAAUAUUAUAACAUUUUCGAGUAGUUUUGCGCAAUGUUCAAAAAAGAUUAGCUCAAGCUCUAUCAGAUAUAUGAGCGAUAAUGCAAGUAAACAAAAUUACAUACUUUAAAGCUUAAGAAAUGUAGAUUAAGACUUCAUUAAUUUAAUUUAAUCUUUAUAAAUAUUUCAAAGAGUUAUAGAAUUAAAUAUUGCCAACUAGAUUUAAGAAUAACUCGUGUGAGUUAUAUGCAACUAUUUUGUAAGCAUGUCUACCCUCUAAACAGAACUGGAGCAUUUGAAUGUUGGGACAAUAGGACAUAUAGAUCAUGGCAAAACAAUGUUAACUUCCGCCAUAACUAAAGUUUUUUCGGGUAACGGAAAAACGAAAUUUAUGAAGUAUGAUGAAAUUGAUCGAGCUGAAGAGGAAAGAGCAAGAGGAAUAACGAUAAAUGCAUGUCAUGUAGAUUAUUAUAGUUCUGGUCGGCAUUAUGCUCAUACAGAUUGUCCUGGUCAUAUAGAUUAUAUAAAAAAUAUGAUAACUGGUGCUGCUCAAAUGGAUGUAGCUGUUCUUGUUGUAGCAGCGUCUGAAGGAGUUAUGCCACAAACAACAGAACAUAUUUUGCUGGCAAAGCAAAUAGGUAUAAAAAACAUCAUUGUUUAUUUAAAUAAAGUUGAUAUUGUGGAUGAAGAUACUCUUGAGUUAGUUGAAUUAGAAGUUAGAGAAUUGCUUGAUAAUUUUGGAUAUGACAGUGAAGCUAUACCAAUUAUUCCUGGUUCGGCUCUUGAUGUUCUUAACGAAAAAGAUUCUGAAUGGGGGACAAAAUCGAUUAUGAAAUUGAUUGAUGCCCUGGAUAGAUGUAAAAUUCCUACAAGAGACACUAAAGGCCCCUUUCGUCUACCUAUUGAAAAGGCUGUAACUGUACCGGGAAGGGGAACAGUUGCGAUUGGAACUAUAUCAAAAGGAAAUUUGAAAAAAUCACAAGAAGUUAGACUGAUGGGACGAGGAGUGGAUAUAAAAACUAUAGCCUCAGACAUUCAAGUCUUUCAUCAGUCUGUGUCAAAAGCAACUGCUGGGGAAAAUGUUGGCGUUCUGUUGAGAGGUCUCAGGAAAGAUAUAGUACAAAGAGGAAUGUUUCUCUCCCAAGAUGAUUCUCUUUCUCAAACAGAUACUUUUGAAGCUCAAAUAUAUGUACAAACAAAAGAGGAAGGUGGAAGAAAGGUACCUUUAAUGAACAAUUAUGUCAAUCAAAUAUAUAUGGAAAAUUGGGAUAUUGCUUGCAUGGUCAAAUUGGCCGAAAAUGUUCCAAUGAUUAUGCCGGGCGAUACUGCUCUCUGUAAGAUGAUACUCAGAUUACCGAUGGUUUUAGAGCCUGGCCAAAGAUUCUUCAUCAGGGAAGGGACAAUUACAGCCUUAACAGGAAUCAUAAGCAAAAUAUUACCUAAAAGUGAAGAAAAGUAUGCAGGAUUUAAUUAUCUAAGGCCAAAGGCUAUGAAAAUAGAGGGAAAGUCUGCUGCUGCCAGUAGAAGACGUCGAAAAAAGUAGAUUAUAAGAGCAAUCUAUAUAUUAAUAUAAUAUACAAUUUACAGAAUUUAUAUUAUUUAAGCAAUAUACUUUAUAAAGAGAGAUAAAGAUUUAAAGAGAUGAAAUUAGAGUGUCUUUUUUUUAUUAAA